AUGGCCUACGAAAAACGAUUGUUUAAGACAAGUAAAUAUAUGCUUGCAAUCAGUGGUCUUUGGUCACACGACAUCGAAAAUCGUAAGAUGUUUAAGUCCCUCUACAACAUUUAUUCCAUCAUCACUCAAACAGUGUAUUCUUCGUGCAUUAUAUCGUUUGCUGUCGCAUUCUACUUGGAACGCAACCAGAAAAUCACAGAAGGAUUUCAUCAAAUUUACAAAUGGAAAAAGACAAUAUCAGCCAAUGUAACAAUAGAAAAACCUCAAGCCGUACCUUUUUGGUUUCCUUUCGACAAAGAGAAACACUAUUUUCUAGCUAUGUCGUACCAGAUGUACCACAUCGUUCAAACAAUGUUUCUGGUUGGAUCUACGCAGGCGCUUAUGAAUUCCGUCUUGGUGUUCGUUAAGGCAGAAUUAAAAAUGCUGCAGUACGAAGCGGAACAUUUUGAUACUUUUAGCUCAGUCAGUGACAAUGUUCUGAAAUCAGGCUUCCCAGAGAAAAAUUUAAGAGAGUUGGUUAUUAAACAUCAGCAAAUUAUUAGAUGGGUAAAGGACUUUAACGCUUGUUUUAAAACCAUAUUUCUUCUGGAUUAUUGUAUUACCUCUCUGCAGUUUGCUACAACUCUAAUUCAAAUUAUACAGGGUGUUAAAAUAUUGUUUAACCUAACAUUUUUAAUACACUGCUUCUUGGAACUAUUGGCACUCUCUUGGAAUGCAAAUGAAAUUUUAAUUGAGAGUUCCACCGGACUUUCCAAAGCUCUAUUUAACAGCCCCUGGUAUAAACAUAGCAAAUACUGUAAAUUCCUAAUAAGAAUAAUGAUAAUGAGAUGUGGAAAGCCCCUGACUAUGUCAAUAGGUCCGCUUGGACAAAUGAAUAUUGACAUGGCAAUAUCGAGAGUGAAGUUAUCCUACACUUGUUUAUCACUUUUACAAGCAAAGACCACUUAA